AUGGCCAGAAGCUCUGAGUGGAGGUCCCAGGGCCAGCCAAGGUCCUUGGCCUGGGUCCUGACAGCAGAAGCCUAUGGAGCAGCCGGAGUGAUUCCCAGACCAGAAGUGAGGGAGCUCCCGCCAUGGCAGACCCACGGCCCCACCCAGCCUGGCCAGAUAAGCCUGCCCCCACAGCUGAGCCUGCCCGGCUUCCUGCCUCCGGCCUGGCACCAGGAGCAGCCCAGGAAGAGACGCACCCUUCUCAAGGAGCUGGGCGCCUUCCAUGUUGUCAUUGCUCUACUGUACUUGCUCUUUGGGAGUUGCCUGGUCUCUACGGUCAAGAGUCUUCACCUGGUGGUGCUGAAGUCUUGGUAUCCAUUCUGGGGGGCUGCCUCGUUCCUCAUUUCAGGGAUCUUGGUGAUCAUGACAGAGCUGCUUUCGAAGACUUAUCUGAAGACGCUUUGCCUGAUAGCACAUGCCAUCAGCUUCUUCUGCGUGCUAGCUGGCCUCUUUGUCAUUGCCAAAGAUCUCUUUCUGGAGAGUCCCUUUGAGUUCCCGAUCUGGACACCAUACCCCAACAGCACAAUGAGUACCCUGGCCCUGAGGGUGCACAUCCAGAGGCUGGAGCUGGCCCUGCUCUGCUUCACGGUCCUGGAGUUCUUCCUGCUGGGCUCCACAAUGGUCACAGUGUGCCAGGAUGACCGCCCGUCUGCAGAGAGAUUGCACGACACAAAUAGGAGUGGUGGCCCCGAGCUGGUUGUCCCAGUCAGGGCCCGGCUGCCUGGCGGGAAAUCUCGUGUCUCCAUCUGUACCAUGAGGGAGUGGGUGGAUGAGGCCAUCGCCCCCCCGAACCCCCGCUGGAAAGCUGAGAUAGGAGUCAAGUUCAGGAUUCCCGUUGUGAACCUGCAGGCUCACGGUUCACACCAAUUCCCGCCGAACAGCAAGGUGCAGGGUCGGGGCUGCGAGCCCUACGUCCAGUAUCCCCGUUGUUCCAGUGCCGCAGAGGAGAAGCGGAGGCCCGCCAGUGUGCCCGGGGCGAGGAUAUCUGAGCCGCCAGGCUCCAGGAUCCCAGCUCCAACUCCCUCCGGCAAGCUGAAGGCAGCCCAGCCCCGAGCCCAGCUGCCGUCGGAAGCCGGCUCAUCAGUGGUGACAAGCCGGGAGCAGCAGCGAGUGAUAUCCCCUGUCCCCGGGACCCCAGGGCUGCCGUGGCGGAGCCCAGAGGAGCCCUCCCUGCUGCCCCAGACCCCGGAGACUGCCCGCCUAAGCAGGGAGGACCUCUUCUUCCAGGGACAACCAACCACCUUGGGAGGCCUGCAGAUCCUUAUUGGCUUGCUUCAUAUCAGCGGUGGAGGUAUCCUGGUUGCUGCCCCAAAAUUUGUGGAGUUUCCCACCACUUACUGGUACUUGCUGGCCGGUGGAGUGCUGUUCUUCAUUACAGGCGCGGCCACCCUGAUCAGCACGGCAAACUGCACCAUUCCCAAGAUGAAGGUCAGCACAGGGAUGAACGUGGUCAGCUUGCUGUGCUCCAGCCUCGGGAUAUGCGCCUUCGUGGUGGAGCUGACUGCCGGCAGCAGGUACGCCCAGGUGCCCCAGAAGAGUCUCCUGGUCCUGCUGCUUCUCUCCUCCAUCCUGGAGCUGGGCAUCACUUCCUUGACCACCCUCCUGGGCCUCCGAGCCACCUUCCGCUACACGUGGCCAGGUGAUGCCUCUGGGAAGCUGAGUCUCUGCUGUAGCGGAUGCCUACAACCGCUCAUGCCCCCGGCCCUCAUGACCGGCCUCCGGGGGCAGGAAAGGGAUUAUGAUGCCCGUGCCUCAGUUGAGAGUGAGGCUCACCUGGACCCAGCUGAGGACGUGCCCGUGGCUAUAGCAGUCCCUCCUGAAAGCCCAGCAUAG